GCCUGUUCUUCACUUUUGAGCUCAUUAUCAGCCUCACACGGGCAGUCGUUGGAAAGCUAAACAGGCUCCGUGAACUCGAAAAUGCGAACGGGACUCCAAACGCCUCCAGCCACGCACCGACACUUUUGCUUCGAGUGUUAACAAUCCGCCAAGGCAACCAUCAGCUCACGGCUCCUGUCCGUCAGUCAAUGUCUGUCGGGGCUGACAGGCUCAAGGACAGGGAGGCGCUGAUGCGGUCUGACUAGGACUCCUGGCUACGGGAUUCCGGCUGAGCCCCAGUGCCAUCCCGACACCCACGAAGCCAUACCACACGCUCGCAGUGCCAUGCGGCUGCCUACACACUCUCUACCUCUGCCUCUCUUAUAUCUCUUAAUCGCGCUAGCCCUGCCCCUCAUCUCCACCGUUUCCGCGCAAGCCAACCGCACGAUUGACGAUUUCGCACCGUCAGGGAUUACCUACACCCCCGCGAGCGCCGUCACACACGGAAACCUGACGGGGCUCGAUAUCACCAAGCUGUACAAUGGCACGGUGUCGAUGAUGAACGGGAGCAUGAAUGCGGAUGGGUCGGGGACCGUGAACAUGACUGUGCGGUUUACAGGAACUGCGUUUUGGAUCUUUACUGUGAAGCCGCUGAUGGACACCUCGUACGGCAAUUCAUUCAAUGUCUACGUUGAUGGUGUUCCUGCGGUCCAGUCGGCGUCGUUCGACCAAGUUCUCGAUGCCGAAUAUAACCAAGUCGCGUACAACGAUGCGGGGCUCAAGUCAGGACCUCACGAAGUGUUGUUCUCGGUAACGGAGAGCAGUGUCGUGUGGUUGGACUACUUUGUUUUCACAUCCAAUAGCGCUGUAGCGCAGGCUACGAUUCCGCCGGUACAGUCUUCGGUUCCGGCAACUUCUUCGUCAACUUCGACAAAGAGCAGCGAAACAGGCACCACUGCGACCCCAAGCAAGCCAUCGUCAUCAAGCAAAGGCUCCGCGUCUGACACCACGCACAUUCACAUUGCUAUUCCAAUCGCCGCGGCCGUCGUGGGUCUGCUGGUGAUCGGCGCAGGAUGUAGCAUCUGGUACAUCUGCCACAAGAAGCGCCAGCGGAGGGGGUCGAAUGGCAAUCCUGGAGGUGGAGAGUGGCCUUAUGGUAGACCGAAGCCUGAGGCUGAUAUCAAUGUCUACGGGCCUCCGGUGGUUUUGCCACAGACAGGGAAUGCGUAUUCCCCGCCCUAUUCUCAUUCUCAGUCGGGUGGCUACCCCCAGGCGCAGCUCGCCAACACAUAUCCACAGUCGAGUGUCUAUCCUCAACAGCAAAGCCCAUAUCGAGAGGACCCAGGGGCACAAGAAUCGCAAGCCGCGUUGCUUCGAAUGCCGUCCACACAAUCUGUCGACGUGUCAGGGCUAUCUUCACCAAUGAGCGGCAGCAGCGGCAGCUAUCGCGAUCCGGGAUCCGCGACAUCUCCCAUCGCCUAUCUGCCCUCACAAGCAUCCGCAUACUUUCCCCCGACACCCAUAUCGCCAAGCACAUACACUUAUGAAGCCAAUGGACGAGCGACGCUUUCGUAUUCGCCCGUCGCCGGCCCGUCGUCCUCGUCUCGAGAGCCGGAAUCGUCCGCCCAGCCAUACGUCCUCGCGCAGCAGCGCGCGAUCGAAGCGGAAUACACGCCACCGCGACAGUGGAUCAUCGAUGAGAAAAAGCAGCCGGAGAGGGGUGCUGAGUCGCCGAUGGCGUUCGCGGCGAAUCCCGACAACGGGCCGCGCGCGCAUGCCGCCGUCCCACCCGCAGACCCGGCAUUGUCCACGAUCGCAGCCGAGAUGCAGGCGUUGAGGGCCCAGGUUGCCCGAUUAGAGGGGGAGAGGAGUGCGCACAGUGGGAAUACGGACGGGGAUGUACACGGGGUGCCAGAUGUCCCGCCGCCAGCGUACGAUUGAGGUGCUGUGUCAUUGUCGUUUGAGGCUAUACCACGCUUUCAGAUCAGAGUGCCAGGUGUUUCGGUUUGAAUUAGCUAGUCUGGUGCCCAUCCGAACUGCCCCCUGCCCUCGAUAUGCCAACCAGAGCGGGUGCAUCUUGUUCGUACCCCGAUCCAUUCGUAUGGGUCGUUUGCGCUCAAGCGAUCACGAUCUGUUCUGAUUCUCAAGUCUCAUUCACUUUUCAUCGCUUCAAGCAGACGAAGAGAAACAAAACUGCACGAUUUGAGCCUGGAAACAGCUUGCACACUCCUCCGUUCCUAUCUGACUUACAAUAGAGCAAGAUCUCCGUCAGAGGCAGUGAUUGAUAGACCAGGAUGUAUAGGCUCUUCACGGUCAAUCACUUCGUGCUGACCAUCUACAAUCUUAUCUCAGAAAUCAUUGACCCUGUAUUACCCUGGACCGUGAUUUCGGAUAGCCAACUUUCCGCACCAAGUGAAUUGCUUCGAAGGAUUUGGAUGAUAUGUGCUACGUAUAUGCUCGGCUCGUAUUGCGCUAAGUAACAAGUCCUGCCUACGAAAAGUGUCGGUACAUCGCAGUCAUUAGCGAAAAGGAUUAGACGGAGGGGUUUGCAAAGAGAGGGUGAUCAGAGAUCCACUGAAUGCUUUCUUACGCUCGAGUCUGUGGCCCAUCGAGAUAUGUACAUAGGCGUUCCAGCACGGUCAUCUGUAUACUUGACCGUAGAUGGACUUGAGUCCUGAUGUGCGGUCUCCGAGAAAGAACCUGAGUCAAUCACCGGGACGGGGGAACUUCCAAUUCUGAGCGCCUGACGGUCUCAUCUCAUCGCGUGACGAUUCAUGCUGCACAUGGGGUUGAUCGGAUGACGUGGGCGCGAAAGCUAAAAUCACGCACCAUGGCGCAAACGAAGCGCUGCGGCCCCCAUCUACAUCACGCCUCAUUUGAAGCAGCAGUCCGCGAAGCAGGUUGGCUCCAAAUCGACGUCGAAACCGUCCCCCUGCCUCAUGCAACCGCCCGCUGACUCGAGCCACGCGGUGCACCAAGUCAUCCACGCCCGUCCCGUCGCGCGCCGAGCAUUCCACGUACCCCACCGCGCCGACCCGGCGCGCCACCGCCUCCGCAUCGUCGCUGGACACAGGCAGCUCUCCAGCCAGCCGAAGCUCCCGCACGACGCGCGAGUCUGUGCGCAGAUCUGCUCGGCACCCCACCAGCAGCCGCGGCACGCGCAAGUGGCUCCCGAGCAAGUCCAGCUCGGGCGUCCAUCGGGUCAGAAUGUCGUGCAGCGAGUCGGGCGAGUCGAUGCUGAAGCACAGCAGCACGACCUGGGUGUGCGCGUAUGCGAGUGGGCGGAGGCGGUCGUACGUGUACGAGCCGGGGGUGUCUUGAAAGAGCAGGAGACUGGCAUUGGGGUCGUCGCACACGGAGACGGGGUAUACGUCGAAGCUGUCGUCGCCGUUCGAAUCUUCGAAGCCUGAGCUGCAGGACGUGGAUGUGCAUGUGCAUGAUGGGCAGCGAAUCGUGUCCUCCGCCUGCUCCUUGUCCUUUCCCUUCCGUUGCAGCUCGAUGCAUGCGCGCAGCAACGUCGUCUUCCCACACCCCGAGUCUCCGAUCACGACGACUUUCGUUGGCAGCAUGUGGGUCCGAGCGCGGUGAGACAGCAGGUAGGUGGGUGUGUGUGAGGGAGGGAGAUCGUGGGAUCGUGGGCAGACCGAUACGGGUGGUGCCCGCAGGCACUGCUCCUGGCCGUGUGCAAUCGACUGCGUCCCUUGUCACAGUCCCCCUGGCAAGUCAGACGAGGCUCGAUGCGGCGCCAACUGAAUGGAACAUGCCACGGCCAUUUCCGUAUUCGUCCGUCUAACUCCCUCGCACCAUCAUCGCACGCGAAGACAUAAAAAACAUGGGCGACGCCGUGGUCCGUUGGCAAAUCAGUCGGCACCCACCCGGUAGUGAAGCAUCACAGGACUGAUGAUAUACAGCUGCCACUCACAACGCGGUGAGCUAGACCAAAAUCGUCUCCCCAAGCAUCCCGAGGGACCAUUAUCUGAUCUCGAAUUCACCCUCGGCUCGAACGGACCAACUUCUCCCACACAGAAUGACCCCUCCUGGCCAUGGGUCUGUUGACACAUGGAAACAUACACGUCAGACGUGGCCUUGGCUUGCGUAGAUAUACGUAAACAGAACGGGGACUUGACGCAGCAAGGAUCGGCUUUGUGGAUUGAAAGGCUGUGGGACAAGCAUACAGUACAAUGCUGUGUCGAUCACUCGGCAGUCUCCGUGAUCGCAACACCUAUCCCAUCAUUUCUUGACAACCAGGACGAGUUUGUG